AUGCACAAGGAUAAUGAAAAUGAAAAAUCAGAAACUGAUAAUGAGGGCUUAAAUGAUUCAGUUCUGCGAGAACUAUUUUUCUAUAUUGAAGCUUAUACGGCUGAAACGAUUCAAAUAGAACCAUUUCUGAAACCAUUCCUUCCAGACUAUGUGCCAGCCGUUGGUGAUGUGGACACUUUCAUUAAAGUACCUCGACCUGAUCAAAUGGAAGAUAAAUUAGGUUUGACUGUACUGGAUGAACCAGCCAUUGAACAAAGUGAUCCAGUUAUUAUGGAUAUGCAAAUGCGUAACGAGGUAAAAGGAAACACAGCUCCAGUAAAUGAAGUUGCCUUAAAAAAGUUAGAUCGAGCUGAUCAAAACGCCAGAGAGAUCGAUACGGUGGAUUAUCCAAGUUCCAUGCCUAGUAUCGAGAGCUUGAUGGAAGAAUGGCCAACUGAAAUGGAAAAUUUAUUGAAGACAGAGCAAUUACCUAAGGCAUCACUAGACACAACAUUGGAGGAAUAUGUGGACAUAUGUCUAGCGCUAUUUAAUAUACCUGUUCAAAAAUCACGCAUCAAGUCACUUCAUGUACUUUUCACGUUAUUCUCAGAAUUUCGUAAUUCUCAGCACUUCCGAAAUUUAGCAGAAAAUGUGAUGAAUAAUUCAGGAAGUACAGCUGAUAAAGCUGAGCGACUUGAACUUUGA